AUGGGUGCGUCAAGCGAGAAAUCUGCAAAGAGAUUUCAGAAUUACAUCCGAGGGGUGCACACGAUUGUCGGGACGCAGGACUAUUUGAGAAAGUCUGCAAAGUCGAGCUUGGUGCUCUUUGGCAGGGAUCACGAAACCGCAGAAGCGACGAAGACCGUCUCAUUCAAAGUGCAGCUCAGGGCAGAGGAACUCUACAACAAGUAUAUGAAAAAGUGGAUUCUGGCGCCGGAUGGCCGAUUUCGCAGGCGGUGGGAUCUGCUGCAGAUGCUUUGCAUGUUGUACAUAAGCAUUGUGAUCCCUUUCAGAGUGGGACUGGGUGCAUCUGCCGAGGGGGGGUGGUACAUCUUCGAGCUGACAAUCGACGCUUACUUCUAUCUUGACCUGAUCAUCAACUUUUUAACCGGGCAUCAGUACGCAGACGGGGCUCUCAUUAUGGUACCCAAGGACGUAGCCUUCCAUUACCUGAAAACCUGGUUCCCUUUGGACUUCGUCGCCUGCCUUCCCGUGGAUCUCAUACUGCGGGUCGUCCAGGGCACCUUCUACUGCUCGCUGUCCCGGACAUGCCAUCACAAAAUCUCAACGGCGGGGAUGCUGUUCCGUCUCUUGAAGAUUCUGCGUCUCUUCAAGCUGAUCAAGCUGGUCAGAUUGUUCAGCAUCCGUCGGCUGCUGGACCGAUACCACCACGACCUGUUCCUAGUUCUUCCCUUCCUGUCCGUCGCCCAAAUGUUCAUCGUCAUCCUGUUUCUGGGCCACCUCUACGCCUGCUUCUUCUACUACUUCUCCACCUCGGAUUGGCGGACCCCCGCCGAGAAGCGAGGGCUGGCGGAGACGCUCAGCUCAGGGACGUCAACCGACAGCCGCCGACUGCCGUGGAUCAUCUCCGAGUUUGGCGGGGAGUAUGGCACGCCCGGGAGCAUGGGCCUUGCCUCCCGGUACAUCGGCGCGCUCUACUGGGCAUUCGCCACGCUGUGCACGGUCGGCUACGGUGACAUCAGCGCGAAAACGGAGGGCGAGCGCGUCUUCGCGAUCGUGUCCAUGAUCACCGGCGGGUUUGUUUUCAGUGGGGUCAUCGCCAAGAUCGGGUCGCUCGUGGCGAAAGUAGACGCGGCAAAAACUGCGCACAACGACAAGAUGGAUGCGGUAACCGCGUUUAUACGCGAGCACAAAAUGCCGCGUGACCUGCGCAGCCAGGUGCUGAUCUUCUUCACGAAGCAGCAGGUGCGCGCGUACAACGUGCGGACGAUCCUGUCGCAGAUGCCGUACGACCUGCGGUCGUCCAUUCUGCUCUACCUGUACAGAGAUAUCAUCAAAAAGGUUCCCUUCUUCGACGGCACGGACGACAUCUUUAUCACAGACGUGUGCCUCCGCCUGAAACCAGCAACCUAUGCGGCGGGCACGUAUAUCUACACUACCGGCGAGAUCGGGCGGGACCUGUUGGUUGUCGUUAAGGGAGAGGUGGAGGUGCUGGGCCCCCAGAAGCAGGUGACCCGCGUGUUAUACGAGGGCAGCUACUUCGGCGAGGGGUGCAUCCUGGGGGACGUCCGCAGAAUGGAGAGCGUCCGAGCGCGGACGCCCUGCAGCCUCUGCGUACUCGAGGCGGACGAUCUCGAGGAGCUGCUCAUAAACUACCCCGAAAUGGACCAAAUGCUACGGCGCGUUUACAGCCGGCGAAAGCAGCACUUCAAGUCUGCUGCCACCUCCUUCUCCUCGGUGCCUUCCCCCGGUCCUCGUCGGCGACAUUCAACGGACCCCAACGGAACCGUCCCUCGGGCAGCGGAACCGGCCGACGCACUGCACCUCCUGGCCGGGGGGCUCAAACCCGCGGCAAAUCCCCCCCCUGGCAUGGACUUGAGGGCGAUCGCGCGACUGUCCCGGUCCGCGACGAACGGCCCCGGUGCGUCGGAGUGGUCCGGACCGGAGACAUCUUUGGGGAAGGAAGAGGCGACGCUUCUCAGCGAAUCACUAGGCUUCGGGUCGCCGCCUCAAACGCAGGAGAGCCCGGGGAGCGAGGCGGAAAGCAAGGGGUGGAAGCCCAUGGCCCGGUUGUUCAAAAACCAGGUGGUUCCGGAGGAAUUAACCAAGGAGUUAAAGAAAGAGCUAACAAGAAAGGCCACGAAUCUGAGAGCAGAUCCGGCGCUCGGGGGAGCGUCUACCGACGCGCCAGAAAAGACGCGCGGCGGCGGAAACGAACCGGAAGAGGGCAGAACCAGAGUCGCAAGCAGUAUGGACGGGGUGACGACCAGCGGAACGGGAAGGAUAGGAUCAGUAACGGAACCGGAGUCUAGCGGAAACGGUGGUGGGAGUCCCACCGGUCAUCGCCGAAGGUUGAGUGCGCAGGCGGGGGGCCAAGAGAAGUGGGCUAAUGGGGGAAAUCUAAAACUGGUCGUGAACGGGGAUUCUGACACCGGGGAUACAGGGGGAGCGGAAAACUUGGAUGCAGGACAUUCCGACAGGCGUUCGCCUAAAUCGCAAGAGCUCCCCGGAAUAAUGAGCUUCCGCCGGCGGAGCUCCACGCAGGCGUCCCUUCUGGGUGUCCAGGAACCGUCGACAGGGGAAGCCGCAGAGAGCGGAACGAGUUCCGGGCUCAGCGGGCUCCGGGCGGAACUGCGGAACCUGCGGCACGAGGUGAAGGUGCUGAGGACGGAACACCGGCAGGAUGCGGCGCUCGUUCAGGAGCAGUAUAAGGCAAUAAUGAGCCUCCUUUUGAAGGUGUCCCGCCAGACGGUAUCGGGGCAAGGCUCCGAUAACGACUUCUUUGUGCAUCAUGCCUAA